AUGGCCAGCAGUGCCUUGUCACAUGACAUGCCUGUUGCAAUUUUCGCUUCUGCUUUCUUUUGUAAGGGUUUUUAUUACAUGCGGAGAUUUUUGCAUAUUGAGAAGGAACCGGUGAAAGUAUUAGUUACUUGUGCUGCAGGGGAGAUAGGCUAUGCUAUUGCUCCAAUGAUUGCAAGGGGGGUUAUUCUUGGCGCCAAUCAGCCUGUAAUUCUACACAUGCUUGACACUGAUGCUGGAGCGUUGAAAGAAGUCAAAAUGGAAUUGAUUAAUGCUGCGUUCCCCCUUCUCAAAGAUGUCGUUGCUACUACGGAUGCUAAAGAAGCUUGCAAAGGUGUCAACGUUGCUGUCAUGAUUGGUAGUUUACCCGAAAAUGAAGGCGUAGAAAGUAAAGAUGUCAUGUCAGAAAAUGUAUCAACCUUUGAUGCUCAAGCUUCGGCAUUGAGGGAGCAUGCUGAUAAAAAUUGCAAAGUUCUGGUGGUUGCAAAUCCUACAAACACCAAUGCACUCAUCUUGAAAGAAUUUGCACCUUCAAUCCCGGAGAAAAACAUUACAUGUCUUACCCGAUCAGAUCACAACAGAGCAUUAGGCCAGAUCUCAGAGAGGAUAAAUGUUCAUGUUGGUGAUGUGAAGAAUGUUAUCAUCUGGGGAAAUCACUCUUCAACUCAGUAUCCGGAUGUCAACCAUGCAACCGUCACCACAAGCAGUGGAGAGAAAAGUGUCAGAGAACUUGUUGCUGAUGACAAUUGGCUAAAUUCCGAGUUCAUCACCACGGUGCAGCAGCGUGGCGCUGCCAUCAUCAAGGCUCGAAAGCUAUCGAGUGCAUUGUCUGCUGCAAGUUCUGCUUGUGACCAUAUCCGCGAUUGGGUUCUUGGAACUUGAAGAUUUGUUUAUGCGAUGCAGGGAAAAUGGGUUUCAAUGGGAGUCUACUCUGGUGGGUCUUAUGGGAUUCAACCUGGCCUUAUCUACUCGUUUCCUGUUACAUGUGAGAAAGGAGAAUGGUCUAUUGUGCAGGGGUUAAAGAUUGACGAGUUUUCAAGGUCAAAGUUGGAUGCAACUGCACUAGAGCUCAUUGGAGAGAAAGCGUUGGCAUAUUCAUGUCUGAAUUGA